AAAAGUAUCACUAGUAUCAGCGUUUAAACGUGCAACCUGCACCGUUCGUCGAUUUCCUUCGCCCGCCCUCUAAAUAGUUUAACGGAGGUGUCUCGUUUCUGUUUGCGUGAGUGUAUCAUCCUUUCCUCGUUUUACGUUCGUCCCACAAACUGGAGAACGGUUUCCAAUAAUGCUGAUCCAGUACGCAUACAUCAAGCCAAGGUCGCAAUUCGGUAAGCAAUGUUUCUUCGGAAGGACCGACUCGAUCGUUCAGGAGAAUAUCCUACCGGAUUCGAAACUCAUGCGAGACUACGUCCACGUGAGUCAUUGCCACCGUGGUGUACAGAUGUCCAAGCAAUUAGCUCUUCACGAGAUGCAAACCGUUAGUAAAGUAACAAAGGAGAACGGGAUGUUACACUUGGAGGGCGGUUGGCCUAAGGAGAUAAACGUGAAGGAUGACGAAGCCGUGUUGAGAUUUCGUCGGCGCGUAAUGAGGGACGAGUAUUGGGCGCCGAAGAUGAAGAACCUCACUAACCCUAUGGAACGCUGUAUACUGCAGAAUAACAUCAUCAACAUUUAUGAGCACUACUUUGACGAUAUGGAAUCGACUGCGCAGGUUCUUUCCCGUGAUAUGAGAACCUUAAACAUGUAUGCCGAUCCACAACCUAUCGUAAGACCAAUUAAUCAUCUGUCAUGGUCGCCCAGUGCACAGAAUCGAUUGGCUGCUGCCUACUCUUUUAUGGAGUUCGAGAGGAAACUGUCUAAUGUGAAUCCUUCCUCUUACAUAUGGGACAUCGAGAACCCAAUCAAACCAGUGAUAUGCCUGAGAUCAUCAUCACCAUUAUUAAUCGUUGAGUUUAACUCACACGAUUCAUCGAUGCUGAUUAGCGGACUGAUGUCUGGCCAAGUGUGCAACUGGGACAUCCGAAUUGGGGAUAGGCCAGUGCAAAUGUCCCAUCGUCAGUUCAGCCACAGAAAUCCGGCAAACCAGACGCUCUGGAUUCAAUCCAAGUCCAAUAACGAGUUCUUCUCGGCAUCCACCGACGGUGCGAUUAAGUGGUGGGAUAUCAGGAAGAUGAGGCAACCGACCGAGGAGCUAGUGAUAGAUUUGGAUGAUCCACUCCGAGCGGAUAUCCUUCGUGCGAUCGGCGUCACGAAGCUGCAGCCGAACAUAGGAGAUAGAUUCCUGGCGGGUAUGGAGAAUGGCAUGGUGAUCAACAUAAGACGAAAAGCCAUGAAUCCGGUCGAUAAACUGGCAAUGAGAUUCAACUGUCACGUCGGCCCUGUCAUCGCUAUUGAUCGAAACCCCUUCUUUACCAAAAAUUUCCUUACCGUAGGCGAUUGGACCGUCAAGAUCUGGUCGGAAGAUAUCAGAGAGGGUUACUUGAUCACCAUUCGUGAACAGAAUGCUGAUUUACGCGGAGGUUGUUGGAGCAGAUCCAGGUACUCAGUGUUCUUCACCAUAAAUGCGACGGGUCUGUUAGAGGUAUACGACAUUCUGAGCGGCGUGGCUUCGCCGGUGACCACGUUUCGUGUCUGCAACGACAGUCUCACGACCAUCACGCCUCAUGAGAACGGUCAACUCUUAGCAGUCGGCAGUCAUGAUGGAAAUAUAUAUCUAGUGGAAUGUUCUGACGGACACAUUAUUAACACUAAUACUGACAAGGCAAAUCUUACUGCCUAUUUCGAGAGGUGUAGUCGUUUUAAGAAAAUCGUUGAUGCACAAUUGAAAGAAAUACGCUUGAUGCAACCUAGCAUUCAUGAAGAUUCCGCAAUGGACCGCUCGGUGUUUAUAUCAAUGAAGAAAGGAAACAAUCGGGAAAAAAGUAAGAACAAAAUGUUAGUUAAAGAAAAGGGCGACCUCCCAAAGAAAAAAUCUCGGAUGAAAAGAUUGGAAAAGGACGACACGUUCUUCGAAGAACUGGUGGAUUCAGAAGCGGCAUUUUUUCAAACAGUAAAGAAGGAAUUUGCGAGUUAUCCAAAGCUGGAUCCCGAAACCGAACAGAUGAUCAGUCUUAUGCAAGAAACACUGCGCAAGAAAAAGAUUAUGCGUGAUUCAGCGAAGGUAGAGGAGAAAAUAAACAAAAAUGCGCAAAAGCUAGUUAAAAAUAAAGAAAGGAAAAGAGCGCUAAAGGAUAAGAGCGCCAUAUCCCUAACGAGAUCCUUGAUAAAAAAGAUAAAAGUUGACAAAGAAAAAGAUGAGGCGGUUGCAAAAAUAGAAGCGCCAUUCAUAAAACCAAAAGGGAUCGUGAAGGAUCGCCAGCGACAGAUUUUAAGCAAAGUCUGUGCCGUUGAAGUUUGCAAGCCGGAAAUCUGUUGCGCAGAUCUGGAAGAAAAGAGGAAGACCGAAUUACAGACUCAAGUUGCAUCGGAGGAGGAGAAAUAUUCGUGGAUUAUCGCCCAACGGCGACGUAAGUUAUUCGAUUUUCAGGAAAAGUUGCCGGAGCAUUCGUCAAUCGAAAAGAGAAGAAUACUUUUGGAGGAGGACGAACCGCUGGCGAACGUACUCGCGGACAAAGUCGAGGAAGCCAGAAGGGAAAUGCGUGCUUGGCAGAAGAGAAUCGCGUUGAGCAAACGUGACUCCUGGCGGCCACGAACGAUCGAGGUUAUACAUGAGAAACCAGAAGGAAAAAAGAUGGAAGUCGGGAACGGCGACGUCGAGUCGCCUGUGCGAAAUGUGAAGGAGGAAAGAACGGAUUUUCGGCAGCUCGCAGAAACGAGCUCGAAAUGGAAGUCCGCGAUCGGGGAUAAGACUUUGCAAGUGCGCGGAAAAAGAGAGGCGAUGAAGCUCGACUCGCAUCUCGAAAAGUGUGCUCAAGGGGAAGAAACGCACCCAACGUUAUUCACAUGUACUGAUGAAUCCACGGAAAUGAUAACAACGAAAUUGACGAAACGCAGUAGGGGCAGCGAUCAAUAAUUUAAUUCAUUUUAUUCGUGAUAUGUUGAUGAUUGAGACAAAAGUUAUUGGUUAACAAUAUUGAAAAUUUCUACUGUGAGAACGGAGCUGAAAUGCGACCCGGAAAAAUUAGCAGUUGAAAAAUUUCAGAGCGUAACAGAAAUCCGAUUAAUUAAUUAAUUAAUUCGAUACGACAACAUAAUUUUAAUUUUAAUUAUUUCAAUGCGAGAACUGUACUAGUCUGAUUGUCGAGUUCUAAUAAACAGGUAUGUGUCUUGAAAUUUCAGAAAAAUUCAGAAAAUUGCAUUCAAAGUAUACUUGCGAAGCAAUAACUCAGUUUAAGUGUUUCCCGAGAUAUCUCAAAAACUUGAGUAAGAGAAAUUACAAAGUUGUCCAUUUUGUCGCGGCUGUAUGGAAAGACGGAGCAUGAUCUCCAAGAAGUUCAUGAAAAAGAAGUUGGUAGAGGGUACUUCAUAUUUGAAUAGAAUCGCAAGACUUUCAACGUAGUGCUUCGCAUAGAGAAACGGAUCAAAUA